AUGGGUAUCGACUUGGAUCGCCACCAUGUGCGCAGCACCCAUCGCAAGGCGCCUAAGAGCGAGAAUGUUUAUUUGCAAGUCUUGGUGAAGCUUUAUCGCUUCCUCGCCCGUCGCACGGAUGCCAACUUCAAUAAGGUCGUUCUGCGUCGCCUGUUUAUGUCGAGAAUCAACCGUCCACCGGUUUCGCUUUCCCGCAUUGCCUCCAACCUUGCCGAUGCGCAUAAGGGCAAAACUGUUGUCGUCAUUGGCACAGUCACAGACGAUAACCGCCUCUUGAAUGUCCCAAAACUGUCUGUGGCCGCGUUGCGCUUUACUGCUACGGCCAGGGCCAGGAUUGAAAAGGCUGGGGGUGAGACGUUAACUUUGGACCAGCUCGCGUUGCGGGCUCCUACCGGAGCGAACACAUUGUUGUUGCGUGGACCUAAGAACGCUCGUGAGGCUGUGAAGCAUUUUGGGUUCGGUCCCCAUAGCCACAAGAAACCCUACGUGCGUAGCAAGGGGCGUAAGUUUGAAAGAGCUCGUGGACGGAGAAGGUCUCGUGGAUUCAAGGUCUGA